GCUAGCAGCUUCCAGCAGCUCAACAUGAUGGGCUACCCCGGGGGAAUGCCCAUGUGGGGCGCGCCAUGUGACCUGUGCACACCAGCGCACAUGCUCGCGAGUCAAGCCAACGCCUCCGGCAUGAAGCGCACAGCGUCCAACCUGUCCAUGAAUCUCUCUUCCGUAGGCAGCGACGUGACCGGGUACCCGUGGGGGCCGCCGCCUCCGCACGUGCACCACCACAUGCCGCCCAUGUUCCCGGGCUACUACCCUGGCUACCACCCACACAUGGGGCCCGCCUGCGAUGGGCUCCCUCAACAUGUCCAUCCCGGACUCCAUGAACACCUUCGGUAAGGUCCCCUCCUCCCCAGCCCCCUCCCUCCGCUCCUCCUCGCACCGCUCGCACAAGUCCUCCAAGUCGCGCUCCUUCAGCGGAGCCGACGUCAGCGGCCGACGCAGCCGCAACAGGAGGAAGCAGCGGUCGGAGGAGAGCGAAGAAAGUCGUUCCUCGUCGGUGAGGGGUGGUGAAGAGUAAUUUAUCUUUCAAUAUCAAGGACAACAGACGAGAGUCUCGCACGAAGGUUUCGAACUCGAGCAAGAGCAAGAGUAAGAAGAAAUCCAAGGCUCACGCAAGAGAGAAGGAGGCAGCAGCCGCUUCAAAAACCGAGGGAAGAGCCACUCGGAGCGGUCCAGGACUCCGGGCCGACAGACGCCGAGGCGGGAGAGCCCUGUGGAGGACGCGGGCUCCCGGGGAGGCAGCCGCGAGCGCAGCCCCACCGAGGACUCGCGCUCCUCGCACCGCAGCCCCUCGGAGGACCGGAACGACCGCAACAGCUCCCACGAGGACACGGUCGUCAACACGGUGGCGUCCGAAGUCACGGCCAAGAGUGAGCAUAAGUCCAAGUCAGACAGCAGCAAACGCAGUAGAUCCAGAGCCAGGAGUCAGGCUGAAGAAGUAGCAGACGAGGGCCAAGUUCAGGUGGAGGCUCCCCCUGAGGAGCAGGAACCGUUAGAAGCGAAGUCCAGGACGCCGAGCCCGAGGCAGCAGGCGCGGAACAGCAAGUCUCCUGCUCCGUCUCAGCGGGACGGCGACGAGCACAGCUUCGCCAACACGCUCGACGAGAUCACAACGAUGGGGACGAACGAGAUGGCCGACCAAGAUCUGAGCAGCCACUACAUCGAUGAACGCAUUAUCAUGCAGCCGGCGGAGGCGCACGACGAAAUCCCUGAGGUCAUUUUCGUCCGGCCGAAAACACCAGAGGAGGAGGCAGUGGCGGAAAGAGCGACAGCCGCUGCAGAUCAGCUGUUGGCCGUCAACGGAGAGGCCAACGUUGCCGAAGUCCAGCCCGCUAUUCCUGAGCCUGUGGUGAAGCCGAUCAGCCGAAUCCUUCCCUCGGAGCCGGUGUACGAGCCGCGCUAUGAGCCGAUCGAGGAGCCCCUUGUGAACGAGCCCGCCGUCGCCGCCGCAGAGCCGGACAGCGAGCAGCCCGACUACCAGACAGCCACGAUGGGCAUGUCGGCGGGCGACAAGGAGGCGCUGGGCGACAGGGACGACGAACAGGGCGGCGAUGACACCUUAGUCGAGGCGACGAGGCCGAUGGCCGUGGCCGACAUGCGGAGCGGGGAAGGACUGCGCUCAGGGUCCUCUGGCUCCUCCCUGGGGAUCAACAACACGCCCCCUGACAGGCAGUACACGCCCCUCAGUUUCUCGUCCUCGGAUGCUCAGUUCUAUUCCCCGCCAGACUCGCCUGACAUUUCGCUCAGCGAGCAGCUCCAGGACAAGCCCCUCCCCAGCAACACACAGACGGUGAAGGCCCACAAUGAUGACUACCUGGUGUCGGCGCUGGAGACGAUGCAGACAGCGCAGACGGGCGAUGACCUGAAAUCGUCGCGCGAGACAAUCAGGUCGUCCUUUGAGCAGCUUCCCUACUCGGAGGAGGUGGAGCAGAUUAUCAACAAGAGGCGACAGGAAACCAUGGAGAGACAAGGGCUCGAGCUGGUGCAGACUCUCAGGAGCGCGGAGGAGGCGGGCUACACGACGGAGGACGUGUCCAUCGCCCUAGCCCAGAGCGGCGACAAGAACCCGCUGGAGUGGCUGAAGGAGAACUGGCGGCACAUGGUGGACACGGUGCUCACCCUGGCCACCAACUACGGCCACGAGCGACGCGUCAACGAUGUCGGGGCCAUCACCGCCGCGGAGGCCAAGUCGGCGCUGCGGGUGCACAAGGGCAACAUCUGGGCGGCCGUGACCGAGUGCGUCGAGCAGCGGCAAAAGAAGUUCAACGACAUCCUCUCCCGCGGGAACUUCCAGCGGCAGGAGGUGGUUCGUGCCCUCGAGACUAACGACGGCGACGCUGACGCGGCCCUUCAGGAGCUGAACAAGCCGCAGCAGCAUCAGCCUUUCACCAUGAAGAUCUGGGCGCCGCCGCAGGCUCCUGAAGGACAAACACCCAAGCCGGUAUCCUCCGCUCACGCCCAGGUGGAAGUCCAGGACGCCCCGCCCGCACCACCCUCGCCGCCCCCGCCCGUGCCGCCACCGCCACCACCCGCGCCCGUCGAGCCGCCCGCCGCACCGCCAACAAUUGCAGGGACCAAGCAAGAUCCCGUAGGUUUUGUGGACGAAGAGGAUGAUGAUGAGGAUGACGUUUUCGAAAACGUUUAUGGCAACAUUGACUACAUAGACGAGGAUCCAGCGAUCUUUGAGAACGUGUACGCCAAUGUUGACAAGCUGAGGAAAGAGGAACCAGCGGCGCGUUCUGAGCCCAUCUACGCGACGGUGCAGAAGAACAGAAAGAAACCCAAGGGCCAGGACACCGACAAGUACAAGAAGAUGUCGAAGAGGGCCGAGCAGAAGCAGGACCGGCGACCUAUGACCCCCAAGAGGCUCGAGGUGCACGACGGCGACUACGAGAACCUGUCGCCGUCGCCCAGGGAAAUGUCUCCCUUGGAGUCCGACGACGAGUCCUUCAUAGAUGAGAUACUCGCUGGUCUGGGAAGUCCGUCCUUCUAUGAAUACUUCACUGCCGUCGACCUCGAUGACUUGGAGGACUCGGAGGAGCAGAGCGUCGUGAGCUUGGAGGCUGAGCUUAUGCGCGAGAUGGCCCUGUCUGAAGGGGACGCACCGUCGGACGAACUGGGGGCCCUCAGCGAUACCCCCUCCUCAGAGCGGAGUGACAAAAAGCCGGGCGAGGUGUCGAGGUUCGAGGAGCCCGGGAUGGCCCAGACACGCCCGGGCCCCGUCACCAUGCAGAAGGCCACCGCCAUCGUGGGCAAGGCCAUCGCGAAGGCCAUGGCACGCGAGACCUCCGUCAGGGAGUCGCUCAGCAGGUCGGUGACGCCUGAGAUCGGCCAGGACGCCCCCAUGGUCACGCCUGAGCCAUCGGAAGAGGAGGAGGAGACUGUUGGCCAGGCUCCGAUUACCGAUUCUGAAGAUGACGAUCACCUGCGCACACUAGACACCAUCCCUGAAGAAGAGGAGAUCAGUGAAAUGACUGAAUCGGGCCGGAUCAUUUCCAGAUCAGCGUCUAAGAAUCUGUUCCUUCCCUUCAACCCAACGGACGUUGUCCACCUGAACGCCGUCGGUCGCGGCGUGGCAGCCGCUGGUGCUCCCUCCCCACGACCGACCGCCUCCAGCACCGCCAAGGCCGCGUCGGACGAGAAGGGCGGCGCCCCCUCGGAGGCCGGACGCCCCGCCAGCAUCCCGGAGCGUGCCGAUGAGAGCGUGUCCGAGGCGCCGCACAACUACUACAACGACCCCAAGUACAACUACUACAACGCCGCCGCCGGAGCGGAGGACGCCCCCGCCGAGGAGCCGCCGGCCAAGCUCGCCCCCAACGAUUACGAGACCAUGUACGAGGUUAAGCGAGAGCUGGACAGUUUGCGCGACACCAGCGAGGUCACGAUGGGGAAGCUCAAUGCCCUCAUCACAAACGAAGCCCAAGACGCGCGCGACAUCGAUGAUGAAGGUAUCUAUUACGAGGAGGUCGUCCUGAAAUCAGGCAUCGACCCUUCCUCUCAGGCAAAGACCGAAGCUGGGAGUGAACCUUCCACCACUACACCCUCCCGCAGGCGCCGACGCAGGCGCCGACGUGGUCGUGGUCAGGGUGAGGGCGGCGAGGCAGGAGCGUCCAGAGCAGACCAAAGUGAACCUUCUGCGCCUGCGUCGUCGUCGUUAUCGUCCGCACCGCCCCCUCAGGCGCCAGCCGACACUGCACCGCCUCCGCCCGAAACGACGCCCUCAGCGUCGCCUGCGGAGUCUUCACCGGCACAAGCUGAAGCCGAAGCAUCACCGUCUGCGUCCAGUCCAGUGCCGCCUGAACCAGCCGAGACGCCAGCAGAAGCUGCGACUACCAAGGCUGCGGGCGGACGCCGAAGGACCAGGUUAUCAGACAAUAAGACUUAUUCCAUGAUAGAAAUCGUGUCGACCCAGACCAAAGAGGAGGCUGCGGACUCUUCUCAGCCUGCGGAAGGAGCCGCCUCUACAGCCGCAGGGACUUAUACCCGCCGCAGGAGACCCGGAACGGCCGCCGGCGCAGACGACGCAGGACCAUCAUCGACGACCAACCAGUCCUCCGACUACGCCGCUGCCACUGCCUCGACGACCUCUUCGACGAGGACGAGGUCGAGGGCGAGGGUCUCGGAGUCAUCGGGAGACUCGGAAGACGAUGACCGUCCGUCGAGGGUGAGCGAGGAGGAUCCCUCAAAGAUCCCUCAUCUCUUGGUCCAGAUCGAGGGUCUGAAGGCCCGUCAGAAGAAGGAGUCUGACUACCAGGAGGUGCGGGAGCUGAAGGAGCAGAUCCAGCAGAUGAGGAAGCAGCUGGAGGCCAAGAUGGAGGAGGAGGGGAAAAGGCCAGAUACGCCCGAGACGCCCAAGGAUGAGCAUCCGCCGCCCGGGCCGCUCACAGGCCUCCCGGAGGCGGCGGAGGAGCAGACCAAGACGACCAGCCCCGAGGAGGAGCAGCUCAACUUCGAUAGGACGGUGCGUCGGUUGCUUGCCGAAGGGCACGCCGGCAGCUACGAGAAGGCUGAGCUGGCGGCGCACCUCAUGAACUUCAGCUUCGACGAGGCCAACUCCCUGCAGGCCGCCGAGGAGUGCUCUUCGAUCUACACGGCGCUGCAGUUCCUCCAGCAGGAGUGCGAGCUGUGCGCCGAGAAGUAUCCUAUGGGGAAGAUGGUGUCUAUGCUGCAGUGUACCCACCGGUGCUGCUGCGAGUGCGCCAAGACCUACUACACUUUCCAGAUCAAGACCAAGAACAUUCGCGACCUCAGGUGCCCCUUCUGCAACGAACCUGACUUGGACGCCUGCGAGGAGAUCGCCAACGAAUACCUGAACAACAUGGACAUCCUCCUGAAAACUAUCCUGGACUCGGAGACGCAUGAGCUGUUCCAGAGGAAGUUGCGGGACUGGACUCUCAUGAAGGACCCGAACUUCCGCUGGUGUAAUAAGUGUUCGUCCGGCUUCAUCGCCAACCCUCGCGCCAGGAAGCUCAUCUGCCCCGACUGCAAGGACGUGACCUGUGCGUCCUGUCGCGCCCCGUGGGAGGCGUCUCACGAGGGAAUCAGCUGCGAGGCGUUCGCUCGCUGGAAGAACGACAACGACCUGGAGGCGCAGGCGCAGGGCGUGGCUAAGCACUUGGCAGAGUGCGGGAUCACCUGCCCGAAGUGCAAAUUCACGUACGCGCUGGCCAAAGGCGGCUGCAUGCACUUCACAUGUACGCAGUGCAAGUACGAGUUCUGUUCAGGCUGUGGCCAACCAUUCCGCCAGGGCUCCAAGUGUCCUGUAGGGCCGUACUGCGAGCGCCUCGGCCUCCAUUCCCACCACCCGAGGAACUGCCUCUUCUACCUCCGCGACAAGGAACCUCACCAACUGCAGAAUCUCCUCAAAGAAGCGGGAAUCACUUACGACACGGAGCCUCCCGAGACGUGGGAACCUGGGAAGUCGUGCCAAGUGCAGGAGCAGAAGGAACUCCCCGACGGCCUCAAGGACGACGUCUGCGGCAGGACUGUGCCCAACGGCUACGCGGGGCUGUGCAGAAUACACUUCGUUGAGUAUUUGGCUUGGUUGAUUUUUAAGAAUAAAAUAGACCCGCUAGAAACGCUAGACGAAGAAGACCUGAGGUUUGUAAUCCGCCGAGAGAACCUGGCGGCUCCGAAGCGCAUCCCGUGGGAGUCCAAGGAUGCCUACCGCCAGAAGCUCCUUCAGCUGAUCAAGGAGCACUUACCUCUCGACAGCACCGUAUAGUGUUCGCUUCCUCGCUGCGGUUUCCCCCUGGCCCCCUCAUUUCCCACAUCCGGCGGUGCUGCAUACUGCUGAUGCUCCUGCAUUGUGCAUGGCGUCAGGAGGUCAUGGCGCUGACAUCGCAGCCCGCAACGUCAGACCAAAGAGUAGAGGGCAACACGUGAUGUCUGCCUGACACCGCGAAAUGCCGUAAGAAAGUGGAAGUGCGAAGAGAAAGUCCCCCGUCCCAAGACGCCCUCGACCCGCCAGCCUUCAUGCCCACAGCCCGGACGCCCGUGAUGUCUACGUCCCUCCGUCCACCACCCGCCCUGAAGCGCCACCCAUCCCCCGCUGCCUGACUGUCCGCGUGCACGCAGUCUCGUGCACCUCAACACUACGUAACCAAACUUCACGAUUGUGUAUCAUGAUACAGACCAGUUUAUUUUGUUCGACGAUGACGAGGGGAAUUACCCCGCCGUCUUCGUAGUCAGUGAUGGACGACAAUUCACUCAGAUAUUUAGGCUGUGAUAGAUCAGUCAGGCCUAUAACGGCGAUAUGUACAGAUAUGUUACCGAGGCGUCGCUGCCUCCUUUCACUACAUGAACUCGACCAGUUGUUACCAAGAUACUUGUAUCGGUAUGCGUGUGUAUUAGAUUCGAUAUGUAUAUGGGCCAUUGUAACUUGGAUAUCAGAUAGUUAUUUUAGGUUGUGUGAGUGAAGAUAUAUAUAUAAGCAGCCCUUUGCACCCCCCCUGGCCCCUCCCUCACCAUCAUGUUGCCAGCACCCUCUAACCUUCCAACCCCAGGUGAGUCAGUGUCAAAGAGCAGGUUCUCGCUCUUAAUGAUACGAAAGGACCCAUGUAGCUCACCUGUGGAAAAUUAAGACAUCCCAACAGGUAUGCUGGAGGUCGGGAUUCAACAUAUGACUAGUAGACUCGGUUGCGCAGGCAGACACUCUGUGAUAACAAUAGAUCAGUCAUGAGAUAAAAUGCGACGCAAGCUAAAGCACCAGACUUAUCAGAAGGGGAAAUACGUGCACAGUACAGCCUUAGAUGAUAUUGUCAUAAGUAGUCCUUGAUUUUUUUAGUAAUACGUAUUUCCUUAGAAUACAGCGCAGUAUUUCUCAGUUCAUCAACAAAAGGUAAGCCAUUUAACAGCAAGCCACGUUUAAUGGUUAUAUAUAUGCCUCUACGCACCUUCUAUCACUCAGAGAAUCAUGAUACUUCAGUGAAAAUUCCAAACCCUUACGAUAAGCGAUGUUUAUAGUAAGGGUUUGGACAGAAAUCGUAAACGAUUUGAUUAAUUUUGUGACCAUCUGUACUUCGAUGUCUUUAUCACCUCUUUGGUUUGUUCGGUCACAUUAUUUUGAUUUUGUUCCUCCCCUCUCACUUAUUUUGAUGAGCAUGACAAUCUCUUAACUAGCUCGAGAGUUUGAUGACGUCAUGAUUGAUUUCUGUGACGUCACAUAUCGCAACGACCUUCAUUCAUCAAAGCAAGAAUAAAUAGAAAAUCAUUCAUAAUCCUGACUUCUAUUCUUAUCCUAAUCCCUCACUUCUUCACAUCUUUCAUUUCAAAAGUAGCACUUCUUUGACAUUUACAUGACUUUUCUUUUCACAUUCUGAAAUUCAUAAGUUGUAAAGUGUAUUCAAAUUAAUACUUUCUUUCUCUUCCGUGUGGAUUUUGCAAAAGAAAUUCAUCAUUGAAUUAGUGUGAAAGGAACUGUAGAACACAUUUGUUUAUGCACCAUCUAUAUUAUUUUCCCAGAAACCAGAACUUAAGUUUCCUUUAUUCUUAUUAAUUUAUUUACUGAUCUAGACAUUAUAAAGUUUAUUUAUUUAUCUGGUCAUCUAUUCAUCUAGUUGUUUAUUUAUUAAUUUCUUCAUAUUAAGAGAUAUAAGGAUAUAUAGUAAUUGGUGAAGGGGGUGCCAGGGUGGCCAUGUGCCCCCCCCCCCUCCCUCACAUGCCACUAAUCUCUCGCUUUAUAUAAAAUUUUCACAUCCUUGUCUCUCACAUGUAUACAGAGAAUUUGGGACUAAUAAAUGUAUUAUAUCAACUA